UCUACACCUUUGAAAAUCUCACUCUCUGCAUCUCUACAUUACUGAGCUGGUUUCUAGAACAGUUGCUGAUCACGACUACUCCAGAAUGAUCUCUAUCUUCAUCUUCUGUCUUUGCUGUCUCACAGCUGGGGCUAGGAACCUACCAUACCACUUCUCAGGAGCAGUAGGCAGGGGCAGUGGUACUUCUUUUACAUCUGAUCCGCCUAACACUGGGACUGGGCGUAUCACUGGAGUCAAAGUGUGGGAGCUCAACAACGGCUACAUCAGGGGAUUGCAAAUAAAACAUGACUACGACUGGGGAGAGCUCUUUGGCCGGAAUACAGAUAUAGAACAUGAAUUUAUCCUAUUUGAGCAUGAGGUCAUUGUGCAGGUUUCAGGGAAAUACAAUCCAGGGAACUGGAUCUACCUGCUGACCUUUGGCACAAACUGGGGGCGCACUUUCACAGUUGGCCAGGCCUCUGGCAUUUCCUUCAACUUCUUUCAAGCUUAUCCUCUUCAGGAGCUUGUAAUGGUCAGUGGACGGUUCGAUAAUAAUGGUCUCUCCUCCAUUGCUGCACAUUGGGGAGUAUUGGACCUGGGCUCCACGGGUAAAAAUGAGUCAGGUGUAGCCCACCACUAAUUUAUUAAAAUACAUAUUCUGCUUAUUCACCAUUUAUUAAAUAGAUGUCUGGAUAUUACAUUAUUGGCAUUUGGCAGACGCUCUUAUCCAGAUAUAGCUGCUUUGCUAAGAUUAAUUAAAUCAAAUCAAAAUGUAUAUGUAUAGCAAAUAAUUCAAUCAAUUGUCACAACACACCUUACAAAAAGCUCUGGCCUAAACCCCCACAAUAGAAGCCUAGUGCAACAGUGUGAAGGAAAAGGGGCUGAGCGGGGGGUGAUGAAGCGGAGGCUGGAGAGAAGCAGUGGAGGAGCCCAGAUGAUUUGGGACAAGAUCCUCACCAGCAGUAUGGAGGGGGAAAACUGAGAAAGGCCAUACGGGAAGUGCAACAGAGCAAGAGGAAGAGAAAUCAACAGAACAGGGACACCCAUACAAGAGGGAGAGGGAGACAACCAUUCCAACUUACCAAGAUAAGCCUAGCAUUGUCACAUACUACUGUACAUGUACCCAGUUGCAAAGAAUGUGUGAAUGCAGAAUUUACAAAACAAAUACAGAUUUUUCACAGGUUUACACUCUCCACUAUCUGAUCAUGACUUAACAUUUGAUGCUUCAACCAAUCAGUCCAGCUCAAGUUAAAUGACUGGGGAUGCCUACUAGUGAUGGAGAGUAAAACCAUUCAAUUUUAUUUACUUUUUAUAGUUGUAGUACAUGGUUUGUUUCUACUCACUUCUGCAAGGUUAUGAACAAUUCAGUAAUGUACAAUGCAUCAGCAAGGAAAACUUUUAUUCAGCUGUGAUGAUUUUGUAAUAUGUCUAUGUGGAAUAAAUCAAAUGACUACAGAUAUUAAUUUGAAAUUGCCCUGCCAUUUCUCCCAUUUUUUUAAAAUGCAGAUAUUUUGGAAUUAUCCACAUUUGCAUUUAAAUACACAUCUCUUAUAUCUUGAAUUACAGGUUAUAUUUCCCCCUGCUGACAGAAUGACGAUUUCCCUUUGAUGUUCUCAUAUCUUGACUGAUGUUUGUUCGAUGUAAAGCUUUUACAAUAAAGGUUGUAAAUGUGA